CUGCAAUUACUGGUUCCACUCUAUUUCUGCGUUUUUCACACUCUCUAUAUAUAGUCUUUACAUCUUCUCAAAACAUUUCUGCAGUUCUACCUUUCACUUUAGAGCGUUCCUUAACUCAUCAUUUCUUCACUCUACCCUUCAACCCCUUCCAUCAACAGUGCAGUGUUUCACAUUCGAGCAUUCCUUCACUCACCAUCAGGAAAUGGCGGAACCACUUCUCUCCUUUGUUGCUAAGCGAAUCAUUGAGGCUUUGUGCUCACCGGCUGUCAAACAGAUCGGAUUGCUCUGGGAUGUCGAAGAUGAGCUUCAAAACCUGACCAACACCGUUUCAACAAUCAAAGCUGUGCUUCUGGAUGCGGAGGACAAACAGGCUGCAGGAAACUGUGCGGUUAAACUUUGGCUCGAAAGGUUAGAAGAUGUCAUUUAUGAUGCAGAUGACUUGCUGGAUGCUGUUUCAACUGAAGCUAGACGAAGAGAAAUAAUGACCCGUAAUAAGAAGGCCAAAAAGGUACGCAUUUUAUUUUCCAAACCAAACCCGCUUGCCUUUCGUCGUAAAAUGGUCCGUGAGAUUAAAGCUAUCAAAAAGAAGUUAGAUGCCAUCAACGCCGAUUGGAAGAAUUCCCACUUGGAGGUACGCCGGGUUGAGCCACGAGUUGUGAACAGGGAGAGGAAUAACACUUAUUCUUUUGUACCUGUGGAAACAGUUAUUGGUCGAGAGGAUGAUAAGAAGGCUGUUAUAGACUUUCUGCUGGACUCCAACGUUGAAGACAAUGUUUCCAUCCUUCCAAUUGUUGGCAUUGGUGGAUUAGGAAAGACUGCACUCACUCGAUUCGUAUCCAAUGAUCACCAAAUCCAAGAACAUUUUGAGCUCAAAAUGUGGGUGUGUGUCUCUGAUAUCUUCGACGUUAAAAAUAUUGUUGCAAAAGUCUUAGAAUCUGCAACCAAGGAGAAACCAGCAGACGCUGAAAUGGAUACAUUGGUGAGUAAACUUAGAGAAAAAAUCGAAGGAAAGAAAUACUUCCUAGUGUUGGAUGAUGUGUGGAAUGGUGAUCAUGGAAAAUGGUGUCGCUUGAAAGAAGUGCUGAUGGGUGGUGCAAGAGGUACUAGAAUAGUAGUGACUACCCGCAAUGAAGUCGUUGCAAAGACCAUCCGCCAGGAAAGCGUUGCAAGCAUUAUUGGGACAGUUGAAUCAUAUCCCUUAAAAGGUUUAGAUGAAGACGCAUCAUGGUCUUUAUUUAAGCAGAAGGCCUUUGAGAGAGGACAAGAGCCGGAGAAUCCAUGCAUGGUCGCACUUGGAAAGGAGAUUGUAAAAAAGUGUUUAGGUGUCCCUUUGGCCAUAACGACAAUCGGAAGUUUACUAAGCUCAACAAAUUCAGAAGCAGAAUGGAAGGAUUUUAAGAAUAAUGAGCUCUCAAAAAUAUCUCAGAAUGCAACUGAACUUUUACCAACUUUGAAGCUGAGUUAUGAUAAUCUUCCUUCACAUUUGAAGCAUUGCUUUGUUUAUUGUAGUUUGUUUCCAAAGGAUUAUCUGUUUUAUACACCAGAACUGAUUCAAAUGUGGAUAACACAAGGGUUUGUCAAGUCUUAUGAUGAUCAAAGCCUAUGUUUGGAAGACGUUGGUAGGAAGUAUUUUAAGGAUUUACUAUGGAGAUCAUUCUUUCAAGAAGCUCGAACGGAUGAGUUUGGUGACAUAAUUGAUUGCAAAAUGCAUGACCUCAUGCAUGAUCUUGCCAUAUCAGUGGCAGGAUCGUUGAUAGCCACAUUAGGUGAUAAGGAGACAAAAUCCGAUAAGAAAACGCGUCAUCUAUCAUUACGUAAUUACGAUAAACCUAUUUCUAUGUUGUGUGAAUUAAGUAGGAUUAGGACAUUUCUGGUUCGCUGUGACCGUAAGUUGGAUAAGAAUGAUUUUGAUGCAAUUAUUUCAAGUUUCAAGUUCUUGCGCAUGUUGGAUAUGUGGUCUAUAGAUCUUGAUUAUUUGCCAAGCUCUAUCGGGAAGCUGAAACAUUUAAGGCGUCUUGAUCUUUCUCACAAUAAGAAUAUCAAGAAGUUACCAGAUUCUAUAACUAGGUUGCAGAAUUUGCAAGAAUUAUUACUCCGGGAGUGUGACUCACUUAAAGAAUUGCCGAGAGACAUUAAAAAAUUGGUCAAUCUCAGGCAUCUUGAUAUAUAUGGAUGUGUUGGUUUGACUUAUAUGCCACGUGGAUUGGGGCAACUGAAUAAUCUUGAGACGUUAACAGAUUUUUAUGUCCACUCGGGUUCUCACUUCAAGCAUUGCGGUGAUUUACGAGAACUGAACGGACUCAAUAAGCUGAGAGGAAGUUUAGAGAUUAUAAAUCGUCGACAUGGGAAAGAUGUUGCAUUAGAAUAUGAGGCUGUAAAUCUAAAGGAGAAUCAAAAUCUUCAUGAAUUGGUUUUCGAUUGUUGUGUUACUGAAGGAGAUGUCAAUGAUUGGGAUGUUGUCGAUGAUAAAAUGCCAUUUGAAGGCUUCCAACCGCCCCCAAAUCUGAAACAGCUAUCCUUAUGGGGCUGUCCGGGUUCAAGUCUUCCGAGUUGGGUUUUUUCAUUGACAAAUCUUGUGAAGUUGGAGCUACGUCAUUGUCGUACAUUAAAGUCUCUCCCCCUUCAACAUCUCACUUCCGUUCAAGACUUGAUUCUUAAGCGUUGUGUUGAACUUGAGCUAGCCAAUGAUGAGGAUAGGAUGCAAUGGCAAGGCCCUACGAACCUCCUCUCUCUUGACUUAACUGGACUUCCAAAAUUGGUUUCUCUCCCCUCAGCACUUCAACAUGCUACCACGCUACAAAAGCUCUCGAUUUGGAAUUGUCAAAGCUUGACGGCUAUACCAGAGUGGAUCCACAACUUCAAAUCACUUCAAGACUUUUCAAUUGGUAAAUGCUCCAGUUUGGCAUCACUGCCCGAAGGAAUGGGUAGGCUAACGUCUUUGAAGAGACUAGCAAUUUGGGAUUGUCCCAUCUUAUUGCGAAGAUGGGAGAGAGACACUGGUGAGGAUUGGGCAAAGAUUGCUCACAUUCCAAAGUUAAGAGUUACACUAGCAAGAAGAAGAUUCAAGCACCGAUGCAUCUUUGACCAUUCAGGGAUCUCAUGAAUGAAGGGAAGAACAUGCAGUGAAGGUCUAGGAGAAGGAAUGUAGAAAAUUGUUUCCAUGGAAGAUGCUGCAUAUCUACCUUGAAAUAUGUGAAAUGAUUGGGAUGAUUGGCACGGCACGUAUACUCAUGCCGAAAGCAAUGGUGUUGAAGUCAAGGAUCCUGUUAAUUUAGUAUUUUAAAUCUUUUGUUAAUUGUGUCUGUUUUGUGAUUAGUUUUGUGACUCUUGAAAACGAAAGAUUGUGAUCAGUAUUGAAGGCCAUCACAGCAUGUUGAAGUCUUAUAUAUGGAUCCUGUAAAUUGGUAGCUGAACGCAUUUAAUUUUUCUCUUUUUGCUUCUGUAGCCAUCUUUUCUUCAAAGAUGUUUGCAAUCCACAGUUCAUUUUCUAUGCGUACUCAGAUGCUAAUAUUUUUCUUU